GUGGGCAUGUCUCGGCGUCCUCGAGCUGACCUGGGGAAAUGUCUGAACGCCCCCGAGUGGCGACUCGGUCGUGAGCUGGCCCGGUGAGACCUCACGCAUAGACCUGCAAGGGCAGUAGCAGCCUCGCUCGACGCUGGGAUGGCCGAGCUGGAGCAAGACACGAGCCGGCACGUCGGCGAGGCCGUCGCGAUGCCUAUCCGACCUUCCGUUAAAGUAUAUAAAGCCUCGUCGCUCACCAUAACCGUAAGUCGUAAAAGGUCUAAGCCAUCAGAAGCAUCAUUUCCAACGGAACAAGGCACACACACAUCCUUCAAUACAGCCUCAACAACAUCAAAACUCAACACAAAAUGGUCAAGCUCGUCGCCGCCGCCCUCGCGCUCCUCGCUGCCGCUGCCACGGCCUGCGACACGGCCUGCAGCGGCGCCUCGGACCGCGACGGGCGCUGCUACUACUCGUGCACCGACAACGCGUGCCACAUGUCCGGGUCGCACCACCGCGACGAGUUCCUCAACGGGCUCUCUGGGCGCGGCUACGACUGCAAGCCCGAGGGCUACAACACGUUGUCGUGCGCUAAGACGGACAACUUUGGCGGCUGCUGGAGCCACAAGUGGACUUGCGGAGGGCAGUGCUAGGGCAAUGGGGAAUGAGAUGAGGAGGACGAGUGAAGUCGAGCGAGGCGAUGGCGGC